AUGUACGGUCAUAUUCAUCCAAACGCAGUGUCCUCUCCGCAAAUGGUAAGUUAAUAUUGUACAGGUCUGUAAUAAAAACGAGAAUGAGUUUAGCUGUAUGCAUUUAUUAAGGAGUUACGUAUUGAAUUGCUCUUCAGGGAAGUGAGCAUGUUGUCUUUUUCACGCCUUCACCUGGUUUAGCACCAUCUCCAAAUCUUUAUGCAGCACCUGCACCGAUAGCUCCUACUCCAAUGCAGUUUCCAGCUCAGCCUCCUCCUCAAGUCACUGGUAUUUCUGUAAGUAUUAAUAGUCAGCGGCUAGACAAGACAGUUUCUUUAAACUCGAGGGUGUGGAACUUUUUACAGCUCUAGCGUUCGUGCAAUAGCUGAUGUUCUGUCAUCUUACCUCCGAAGAGGACGACUACCACACAGUACUGAACUGUCAGUUUCUGUCAACAACAAUCCUAUUCAGAACUCACACAAACAAUCAUAUUCCACUUAACCAUGAUAUGCACAAUUGAAUAAUUGUUAAAAGUGGAGCCAUUGUGGACAUUUCUAAUCUUAAGAUUGCUAUGGUAACAUGUUAUGUCAAGAAAUUGGCAAUAACUUGUUUCUCUAAUGAUUAGUGAUGUAAAGCAAUAAGAUUGUGUUGACCAAUAAUUACAAGUAGAUCUGCUGGGUUUUCUGUUGCUGGCCAGCUUUAAGCUUUUGUUUGAUACUUCUCUCACUGGUCUACUAGAUCUACUUCUAAACUGUAAACCUGGCGGAAGAACUGACUUCUACUUGACUGACAACCUUCUUUUGGUAAUAAUUGAAAAUCCAUGCAGAUUUACUUAAUCUUGAUACAGUUAAAUGUUUACUCUACCUUCUUUUGUUAAUAAUUGAAAAUCCAUGCAGGAUUACUUAAUCUUAAUACAAUUAAAUGACUACUCUGACAUAACACAUAACAACAAAAAUAAUAAGGAUUUUUUCUUCAUUUCAUUUGUUGUUUGUAGCCAUCAGCUUCUUACGGAUGUGGUCCAGUUAUAGGCCUUCAAGUACCAAUGUGGGCACAUAUUCCUCAAACUCCUCAAGCUGCAGUCAUAGGAAACAUGAUGCCUUACCCUACACAACCAUUGCAAUACCAACCUUGUUUUGUUCCUCCAGUUCAGCCCUCCAACCAUGGCAUGUACUUAAACAAUCAAGUACAGUCGUACAGCUUGAUGCCACAACCAUACUUACCUGUACCAACUAAUAGAGGAUUCAGACAACCAGUUGGAAUGAGACAGCCACCAAAUAUGCCAUAUGUAAUGCAACAAGAUUAUAUGCCAGUCACACCCCCCAUGGGCAGUACUGGUAUAGCACCUCCUCAGCCUCCUCAGACACAUCCAAGACCCCCAGUGUAUGAACUAUCAUGUGUUCAACAAGCACAGCAGUAUGCACCCCAGUGUUCCAAGCCACCAAAAUAUUUCUCUGCAUUUGUCCAGAAAAGAUCUGGAAUCUUAAGUCAGGAGGCAUAUUAUCAACACUCAGAGACAAACCUUGGUCAUAUUAAUACAUGCGAGGAAAAAGAAACACCAAGACUACAAGCAAAGUCAGAUGAACAGUGUGGAAAUCCUGAUGUUCAUCCAUUACAAGAGGAACAGUCAGCUGAAGGAAACAAACAAAUAAUUGAUGCAAAUUCACUGUCAAUCAGCCCAGUGGAACGAGGUCCCACACCUGAUCCUGUCUUAUUGUUAGGUAACUCGGAAUCCCCAGAGCCUAUUCCUACCCGUUCGCUAAGUGAAACUACUUUGGUACCAAGUCCACCAUCCUCAGAUGAUGGUAGAGAAACAGUAUGCAACAGCCCAUUGUCCCUGUCAGACUGUGAGGAAGAGGCUGAAUUAACAGCUGCAGAGGAUGAUAACAUUCCUACUAAAGACACAAGUGGUGCUUGUUCUUCUAUCCAAAAGUUGGAACCUGAGCAGCCUUAUGACAAUGAAAUAAUCAAAGAGAGCUCUGAUUCACUCAAUCAAGAACACCAUAGCUUCAAUAAACCCAGAGUACAAACCGUGUGUUCACCUUCCUUUCUAAUCAAAGGAGCUGAUGUUACAGCUCUUCAUCCUUCAGUCACUAGUUCUGCAAAUAUCUGUAGCUCUAAUACCCCAGAGAGACAUACCAUCAGUGCUAAGCCAAUAAGGUCACAUAUUGACACACCAAUGUAUAACAGUGGUCAUAGUAGAGUCUUAUGUCAGUUAUCACAUGCAACUGGUACUUCUCGACAAUGUAACAGAGCCACUAAACGUCCUUUGACAACUCACUUUAGGCAGCUAUUCAAGCCCAUACCAUACAAUGACAAAGAGGAAGAAAAUGAUGGUACAGAUUAACAACAAAGAACAAAGGGACAAACGUGAAAUGACUACUGGUAUAUCAAAACCAUAAUCCCCAGCUACUCUUACAGUAUUUGUGAUUAGUUCAAGAGAUAAAUAGUCUGAGAACUUAAUGGGUGGAGGGUUGAAGCUGAACGUUUUAAUGCUCUAUUUGCAGCUAGCAGUUACCCAAAUAAUGUUUUGGAGGAAUUGGUGGAGGAAGGGAAGUGCAUGAAAACCAUUCAGAUUCUUUUUGCACACUCCAUCUGAAUGGUUUUCUUGCUUCUUUUUUCCACACUAGUACCAAAUCAUUUUUAAAUGAAUGUUUGCUGCACCUAAAUGGAGUUUACACCUUUUGUAUAAGUUCUCAUAAACAUUUUCAACCAUCAGUAAAAACGUUUGUGGGUUUUAGUUCUUGCUGGAGGUGAAGAUUAUACCUGCGAUUCAAAGUUAUUGAAGCUUCUAGGGGUGAAGCCAGGAUUUUUACAGAGGUACACACAAUUUACCAAAUCCCUUUAACCCCCUUGUUACAACAACAAUUUCGUGCCUUAUAUAUCCAUUUUGCUGCUAUCUAUGCACUUUUUUUUCUUUUUUUGUUUAA